AUGUAUAAAUACGUGUUGAUUUUCAUAAUAAAAAGGAUCUGUUGCCUGGCCCUUGUCUUCUGUUGUUACACUACUACUACUACUACUACUACUACUACUACUACUACUACUACUACUACUACUACUACUACUACUACUACUACUACUACUACUACUACUACUACUACUACUACUACUACUACUACUACUACUACUACUACUACUACUACUACUACUACUACUACUACUACUACUACUACUACUACUACUACUACUACUACUACUACUACUACUACUACUACUACUACUACUACUACUACUACUACUACUACUACUACUACUACUACUACUACUACUACUACUACUACUACUACUACUACUACUACUACUACUACUACUACUACUACUACUACUACUACUACUACUACUACUACUACUACUACUACUACUACUACUACUACUACUACUACUACUACUACUACUACUACUACUACUACUACUACUACUACUACUACUGUGGUGAGAGCAGGCUGCUAG